AUGCAAGGGCCCGAGAGGAAGCAGGGCUCAUGGAUUUCACCAGAUCACAGAGAGCGGGACUCUGAGAAGUGUAAGCAGAGACAGGUGGCAACAACAGACACAGAACCAGGCGGCAACACCAGGGGCCAGCCCGAGCUGGGGCUGGGCCUGGGCUGUGGGCUGGGGAUGUGGAGACUCACAAGCCUUCCCUCGGAGGGUGACGACUGGCACAAAGCCUCAGCACCCACAGACCCUGCUGGCCCACCACCCCCAGCGAGGGGCCGCACUUCACAGUUUCUAAAGGGCUUCCACACCCUUCCUCAUUGGGGUCCGUGGGGCAGUCAACCACUGGGCAGGAGGAGACACAUAUGUAGCUGGGCGUUUGGUCAACUCUGUAGAAGCGCUGGGGGCAAGGACCACAUCUCGAUUCUUGUAUGCCCAGUCCUUACCACAAGGCGUGAGCCCUACAAAUACCAUUACUGCAUCAAUGUGGCACUAAACGCAAGCUGCUGUGGUGAGGCUGGGAAGAAACCCAUCCCCACCGUGGGCUCCAACCUAAUGACUCUUCCCACAAGGGACACGAAGACAAGACAUCCUUGGCCUCUGAGACUAAGGAUGGAGCAUGGAACCUGGUGUUGGCUCUCCAGGGAGAAGCUGCUGAUUUAUUUGCUGUCUCCUAUCCUUAACCAGUCAACACUGACCUCGGCAACAGGGACAGGGCUCAUUGGGGCUUAGGUUAUUCCUCUCCCCACAGCUUCCUUAGCACGCUGCUCAUCCUUAGACAUUCCUCCCU